AGUCAACACUUUGCUCUCUUCUUCCUUCAUUCCUGCAUUAACAGUCUGGCAUGCGAAACAAAUGCACAACUUUCACCCCAUUGCCGCCACCACUGAUUUUACAAUUCAACGCAAGCGUCCAUGAUUGCUAAAGCUCCAGAUUGUUUCAGGUUCACAUCAAAAUUGCUUGAAGCAGAUUUUUAAUGAGGUAAUAAACCAUGGCAAACCAUAGCAAUAGUAACUGUCCUUUCUUCCUUCUAUCAUUUUCUAUCAUCCUCUUUCUCCUCUUAUUUCCUGUUCCCAAUGAUGGCUGCUCGCAAAAGGAGGCGAGUUCGCUGCUCAAUUUUCGAUCAAACCUCACCUUUACUUCCACUGAUAACAUUCUUAGAUCUUGGGUUACCACUAAUGAUUGUUGCCAGUGGGAAGGGAUCACAUGUGAUGGCAAUGGAAUGGUUGAUGUCAUAUCUUUGCCUCUCAAAGGUCUCGGAGGUAGAAUCUCUAAUUCUCUUGCAGGUCUGUCUCACCUAACUCAACUAAAUCUCUCAUCUAAUAGGCUCAACGGCCACCUCCCUAUUGAAAUUCUCUCGCUUCAGAGUCUUUUCAUCUUGGAUGUUAGCUUCAACCAUCUAUCUGGUGAACUAUUAACCCCGCCAUUAGGUAACUACUCCUUGCAGGUACUUAAUCUGUCCAACAAUUUCUUCUCCGGUCCCUUCCCCAGUAUGGGCAAUCUAUUUCAAUUUCUUAAGGUACUGAAUAUAAGCAACAACUACUUCUUUGGUCCAUUUCCCUCCUCAAUUUGUAGCCUGUCACAUAAACUCGGGUCCAUGGACCUGUCUCACAACGAAUUCGAAGGUAAUAUCCCCCCAGGGCUCGGCAGUUGCUUGUUCCUGACUGAGUUUCAAGCAGGGGUAAAUAAUCUGAUCGGGCAAAUCCCAAAAGAUCUUUUCGACAUGACCUCUCUGCAGCUCCUUUCCUUGCCAUUUAAUCAGCUCUCAGGGGUGCUUGAUGGCGCACUUAUGUCCAAACUAUUGAAUCUAACCCAUCUUGACCUUAGUGCCAAUCUUCUAAGUGGUGAGUUGCCAGCCUCGCUCAGCUAUAUGCCAUUCCUGGAGCAACUGGUCUUACAUGAUAAUCAGCUUAUUGGUGAGCUGCCUCCAGAAUUAGCCAACUGUACCAAGCUUAAGACUCUUGAUCUCAGGUUCAAUAGGUUCAAUGGAACUUUGGCUACAGUAAACUUCACCAGCCUCUCCAACCUUAGCAUGCUUGAUUUAGGGAACAAUAACUUCACUGGAGAAAUACCGAAAAGUUUGUACACAUUGAAGUCCCUCAAAGCAUUAAGGCUGGCUAGAAAUUCUCUGGAAGGACAUAUUGCUCCAGCUAUAUUGGAGCUGCAAGACCUAUCCUACCUUUCUCUAUCCAGUGAUGGUCUAAUGAACAUCACAACAGCACUUAAUAUCCUCAAAGAUUGCAAGAAACUCACUGCAAUCAUGCUGGCAAAGAACUUCUUUAAAGAGGCCAUACCAGUAGAUAAUGAGUGGGAGGAGGGGUACUUCCAAAAUCUUCAGGUCCUGAGUCUAGCUGGUUGUGAGUUGAUCGGCCAAGUACCUCUCUGGUUAUCCAACCUCAGCAAACUCUUGGUCCUGGAUUUAUCUGACAAUCACCUGACAGGUCCAAUCCCUGCAUGGUUGGGCUCCUUGCCAAACCUUUUCUAUCUAGACUUGUCAGGGAACCUUCUAUCCGGAGAGAUUCCGGCAGAAAUUACAGGAUUACAUGCACUGAUGAUGGAUCAAUUUGAGUUCCAUAUUGAUCAAGGUUUUCUCGACUUUCCAGUGUUUAUCAUGCCUGCAAAAGGAGCUAGCCUGCAGUACAAUCAGCUGACAGAGCUUCCACCUGCAAUAAUCCUUCGAAACAACACCCUGCAAGGCACAAUACUUCCACAAAUUGGCCAGCUGAAGAAUCUUCAAGUGUUAGAUCUUAGCCACAACUAUUUCUCAGGUAUCAUCCCUAUGCAGCUCUGCAAUCUCACCAACUUGGAAAAGCUGGACCUUUCCACCAAUAAUAUCAGUGGCAUGAUACCUUCCUUGUUGAACAACCUACACUUCCUUUCUUCAUUCAGUGUGGCCUACAAUAAUUUAGAGGGGCCAAUUCCAUCAGGUGGACAAUUUGAUUUAUUUUCUAUAUCCAGCUAUGAAGGAAACAGUAAACUCUGUGGAAAAAUGUUGCGCAAUUGCUCAAACCAAACAAGAAAAGCAUUUCCUUCAGAGAACGAACAUAUGAACAAGAAAACCAUAGUCAGCAUGGUAUUUGGCAUCAUUUUUGGAGGAGUUUUCGUCCUUAUAAUUUCUAUUCUCAUCACAUGUAAUAAAAUGAAAAGUAAGCAAAGCAGACGCAAUGGGACUAUGGUAAAGUUCAAUAUAAGUUCAACAAGCUCAAACCCCAGCCUUCCAUGCAUUAGUAACAUAUUUGUCAUGAUGCCAAAUCUGGAAACCUCUUCCACAAAGAACCUUGUUCUUUCUGACAUAUUGAGGGCUACAAAUAACUUCGACCAGGAAAGCAUCAUUGGUCUCGGGGGCUUUGGGAUGGUUUACAAGGCUACACUUUUGGAUGGGUCCAAGCUUGCAAUUAAGAGAUUGUCUGGAGAAAAAUGCCUACUGGAAAGACAAUUCAGGGCAGAGGUGGAGGCCCUAUCUAGUGCACGACACAAGAAUCUGGUGUGCCUCCAGGGUUACUGCAUGCAUGGAAGCUCAUGGUUAUUAAUGUAUUCAUACAUGGAGAAUGGCAGCCUUGACUACUGGCUGCAUGAGAGGGAAGAUGGUGGUUCCGUGCUCAAUUGGCCUGCUAGGCUGAAGAUUGCACAAGGUGCCAGCCGAGGCCUGUGCUACAUUCAUGAGACUUGUGAGCCCCACAUUGUCCACAGAGAUAUCAAGUCUAGCAAUAUUCUCCUUGAUAAGAACUUUGAGGCUCAUGUAGCAGAUUUUGGAUUGUCUCGCUUGAUCCUUCCUUAUGACACACAUGUGACAACUGAGCUGGUAGGCACUAUUGGCUACAUACCCCCAGAGUAUGGGCAAGGAUGGGUGGCCACUUUGAGAGGGGAUAUGUAUAGCUUUGGUGUUGUCCUCCUGGAGCUCCUCACUAGAAGGCGGCCAGUUGAGCUGUUCAAGUCCAAGGAAUCAUCACAACUAGUCGUUUGGGUGAACCUGAUGAGACAUCAGGGAAAACAUAGUCAAGUCUUUGAUCAUCUGCUGAAAGGAAAAGGGUUUGAGGACCAAAUGUUGAAGUUUCUUGAUGUUGCUUGCAUGUGUGUAGAUGAAAAUCCCCUUGAAAGGCCCACAAUUGGGGAAGUAGCAGUUUUGCUAGAAAAAAUGGGUGUUGAAAUCAAAUGCAAUAGUGACAUUCAAUUAUCGUAGAAAAAGAAGUGCUAGAAAAGCUUGAGGUGUUUAUUCUCUUAGUGGGUAUUUGUAUACAAAACUAUACAAAAAAAGGAUAAAUAAUUAAAAAAACAAGCAAAAGAAUUUGCCUUUAGUUAUCUGUUGUUUGAUAGCUUAGAGAUCAUUGAUCGAUGCCAAUGAAGCAGCGCAUGAGC